AUGGCAGGCUUCUCUCUCCUCUUCUGGAGACGUCGCUCCCGCGCCAAAGUUGCCGAGCAGCGCCGCGCCGCAGCCGCAGAGGACGAGGCGGCUAUGCGCCGUCACGAAGCUGCCGUCAUUGAGGCGCGCCGCUUGCACGAGGCGAAAAUGGCCACCGCAGGCGCCGAUAUUGCGGCGACGGCGUCAAGCGCGGCAUAUGCAAAGCCUACGUAUGCGCCGCGGUACACGGGGCCGCGGUAUAGCUCUGUUCGGCCUUCGAGGUCGGGAUCGAGGUAUGCGGGGGGCGGUGGGUAUGGGGGAUCCUAUGGGGAUUCGAGCGGGUCAGGGGGCUAUAGUUCUUCUGGGGAUGGGGGUGGUGGUAGUUGUGGAGGAGGUGGGGGUGGUGAUGGAGGCGGUGGAGGCGGCGGAGGUGAUGGUGGUGGUGGUUGCUGA